GCUAGUUGGGAGUACGGGCCCGUACCCGUAGCCACUUCGUUACUGUUUACGUAAAUAAUUUGCCUUUUUCUUGAAAUACGUCAAUCGAAGUUGAUUGAAUGCGUUGCAAUGAAUCUCCAGCUGCUACCUAUUCUCUGUUUGACGUUCGCUAGUUCUGCCGUCGCCAGCAAUUCAUACAUUGUCGUCGCUCCGAAGACUGUACGUCCCGGUCUUACUGUUCGUAUCAGUGCUACAAUACUCCAUGCCAGCUCCGACGUGCGGGUGCAGACUGACGUGAUUGCCAUGGCCAACAGCACAUGUAAUCAAGCGACAGCAAGCGAGACCAUCUCACCGGGUGCGUCUGGCUUCAUUGAGUUACAGAUGCCUAAUCAACUUCCUCGUGAGGAUGGACCAUACUCACUACGUGUGACUGGCAGUGGUGGAUUGACAUUUAUGGAUGAAACUACUCUUAUUGUUGACCAGAAAUGCGUGUCUGUGUUUAUACAGACAGACAAAGGCAUGUAUAAACCUGGACAAACAGUGCUGAUGCGAUUUAUUGCUUACAAGCCGACGCUGCUGCCAUACACUGGAACAGUCGAAGUGUCUAUUACAGAUCCUAAUUACAACCUCAUGGCUAAGUGGAAAGAUGUCCGCCUAGACAGUGGUGUUGCUUCUAGAGACUUGCCAUUGUCAAUUGAGCCACCACUUGGAAUGUGGGCAAUAUCAGUCAGUGGAGAAUGUUUAAAGGGCAAACAAACAUUUCGAGUUGACAAAUACGUUUUGCCCAAGUUUGAGGUGACUGUCAAACCACCAUCAUUUCUCGUUUCUAGUGAUACAAGUGUAGAGGGAACAGUAACUGCCGAAUACACAUAUGGUCAACCAGUGAAAGGGACAUUGGAGCUGACAUUUUACCUAAAAGCACGAUAUUAUGAUUAUUAUUAUAGCAACCCACCUAAAACAUUGCGAAUGUCAAACAUUAAAAUUAAUGGAACGAAAGCUUUUAUGCUGGACAGUAGCAAGAUUUGAAGUCUGCGUGAAGAUCAUUUUCUAGAUUAUUCUAGAGAGGAC